AUGACAAAAGAUACAAUAUUGUUUACAAGUACAAAUAAAAAACCAAUCAUAGCUCUUGAUUGUGAUGGAGUUCUAUUGGAUUAUCAUACAACUUUUGCACAAAUUUAUGAACAAGUAUUCGGAAAACAAUUAACUAUUGUUUCACCUAAAUCUUAUCAUGCCAGAGAUAUGUAUGGUGUUAAAUUUACUGAUGAAGAAAAAGUUGAAUUUGAAAGAAUAUGGGAUGAACAUGGUUGGAGAAAAAUGCCAACGCAUGAUGGAGCAGUUGAAGCAUGUCAUUUAUUACAUCAAGCUGGCUAUGAACUAGUUUGUGUUACAGCAAUGCCUGCUCAAUUUAUUGAACAUCGAUUAGAAAACUUUCGUUUGCAUGGAUUUCCUAUUGAUAAAAUAAUUAGUUCAGGUUAUGAUAAACAUAAUUUUAAUAAUAAUCCAAAAAAA